CCAAAAACUAAACUAAAAAAAAAAGGUCCUCGUCGUUGUCGUGUCGAUCCAAUUAACUCCGUUUGCUUCAGUUGGUGGUGACGGAGAGGUUGAAAAGUCGAACCAUUUGACAGUGGUGCUCUGAAGGAAGGAGACGAGUUCCUUCCUUUGUCUGCACUUCUCAUUCAUUUCUUUCAAUUAUUGUCUUUCUCCAUUUGAAGUUGGUUACCCAUCUUUCCCUUUGGUAGUCGUCGUUAACCUCAAAAUAUUCGGUUGAGCUCUCUCGGAUGCCUAGAGAGAGUCAGAGUGACCAUGGCAUGGGCAUUGGUUCGGGUUGCCUUAGCCUUUCUCAUGCUGGUUUCUGUCGGGAUUAUUCAUCCCUCGACUAUCUGUUCUUCGUCGUUGGCGCUUGCGGGAGACCACGAUAAUUUCCUCCGCUCGUUCCACGCAAGCGACCGUCGCAGUGGUCCCGCAAUGAUUUUUCCGCUCUUUCUCUCAUCGCCCAAUUCGUCUCGGUCCUUCGUCGAGGACAAUUUCCGUCGACAGCUGCAGACGGCAGGGCAUCAAGUCCCGAACGCCCACAUGAGGCUUUACGACGACCUUCUCUUAAAUGGUUACUACACCACCCGUCUUUGGAUCGGAACGCCUCCUCAGGAAUUUGCUCUUAUUGUUGAUUCGGGGAGUACUGUUACUUACGUUCCAUGCUCUACAUGCCAACAGUGUGGCAAACACCAGGAUCCAAGGUUUCAGCCAGACUUGUCAAGCACUUAUGAACCUCAAAAAUGCAAUAUAGAUUGUACUUGUGAUAAUGAGAGAGUGCAAUGCAUUUAUGAAAGACAGUAUGCUGAAAUGAGCUCUAGCAGUGGUGUGCUUGGUGAGGACAUAAUAUCCUUUGGCAAUGAAAGUGAGCUUGUUCCCCAGCGUGCUGUUUUUGGCUGUGAAAAUGUUGAAACUGGCGACCUUUACAGUCAACGUGCUGAUGGUAUAAUGGGCCUAGGUCGUGGUCAACUUAGUAUUGUGGACCAGCUUGUUGAAAAGGGUGUAAUCAGUGAUUCAUUUUCAUUAUGUUUUGGUGGGAUGGAUGUUGGUGGGGGUGCAAUGGUUCUCGGUGGGUUCCCUCAUCCACCUGACAUGGUCUUCUCCAAUUCAGACCCUGGGCGCAGCCCAUAUUACAAUAUUGAGCUGAAGGAAAUACAUGUGGCUGGAGAGCCAUUGCAACUAAACCCCAAUAUCUUUGAUGGAAAGCAUGGAACUGUCCUGGAUAGUGGUACCACCUAUGCUUAUCUACCAGAAGCAGCAUUUUUAGCAUUUAAGAAUGCUAUUAUGAAGAAACUUCGCCCCCUAAAACAAAUCCGUGGUCCUGACCCAAACUAUAAUGAUAUCUGCUUUUCUGGUGCUGGAAGUGAUGUCUCCCUACUCUCAAAGACCUUCCCAGCAGUUGACAUGAUGUUUAGCAAUGGUGAAAAAUUGUCACUGGCUCCGGAGAACUACUUGUUUCGGCAUUCAAAGGUUCGUGGUGCAUAUUGCCUGGGUAUUUUCCAGAAUGGGAAAGAUCCAACAACUCUUCUAGGGGGAAUAAUUGUUCGGAAUACUCUUGUGACUUAUGAUCGUGAGAAUCAAAAGAUUGGCUUCUUGAAAACUAAUUGUUCUGAAUUGUGGAAGAGACUUAACAUCACUGAUGCUCCUUCACCAGCACCUUCAGCUUAUCACAGAAGGAAUUCAACUAAAAUUAUUUCACCUAGCUUGCCUCCUAAUGGAUCACCAGGCUAUACAAUUCCAGGUGAAUCCCAAGUUGGGCUCAUAAUGUUUGAUAUGUCAUUGAGUGUCAAUUACUCAGACCUUGCUCCUCACAUCACAGAACUUGCAGAAUUCAUUGCUCAUGAAUUGGACGUUAAUACUUCACAGGUUCAUAUGUUGAACUUUUCCAGCAAAGGAAAUGAUUCCCUAAUAAGAUGGGCCAUAUUUCCAGCAGAACAUGCUGGCUACAUUUCUAAUCCCAUGGCAAUGAGCAUAAUUGUGCGCUUAACUGAACACCGUGUGCAUCUUCCUGAUACAUUUGGAAGUUACCAGGUGGUUCAAUGGAAAGUUGAGCCACCAAGAAAACGAAAAUGGUGGAAGGAACAUCUUUUUGCUGUCGUUUUAGGGGCUGUUGCUACGUUGGUUCUUAGUUUAUCAAUUUUUGGGAUAUGGUUGAUUUGGAGACAUAGACAGCAAGUACUUGGCAUGUACAAACCUGUUGGUGCCAAUGUCCCUGAGCAAGAGCUUCAGCAGCUAUAACUGAUGGGGUUUUUCAUCAUGCUGAUUUAUACCCAAAUCCAUCCCAUUAUUGUUUGGAUCGUACACAAGAAAAGUAAGUCCUCUCAGGAAGCUCCCAAAUUGAUUGGUAAUCAAGUAUGAGAUGAUCCCUGCACACCUGUCAUCCUGCAGUGCACUGGUAGGAGAGCUACCAACCUUUUGGAUGGGACACAUGAUCGCUGCAUGAGAAAUCAGUACAAAAGCAUUGUAGAACCAUUUAAAGAAGGCUUCCUCAUCAAAAGGUGAUUUGACAAAAAUUUUGUUCUUUUCGCACUGAUUUUGUUGUGCUAACCAAGUACAAGGAACCGUCAUUUCUUCCUCUGAAGGAUGCGUAGAUAUCGAAAAAAAGAUCCACUCUUAGCCUGUUACACUUACACAUUCCCUCGUCUGUUGGAUGAUACCCCAUAUUACAGUCACAGCGUUGCUGUAAUAACUUUUUAUUUCUUAAAAUAGGAAAAAGAACUGCUGUUCUAGCAUUUUCUAUACCUUAACCAAAUAAAGUGAUGAUUCGAUGUUUGUGCUCUCAA